AUGGAAGAACCUUUACUUAUUCUGCAUGGUACUACAAACCUAUGGAUCGAUGGGGAACGGCAACAGAUCCAAAAAUUUCUUCAUAAUAAUAUUCGAGAUUUUGCAGAGAAGUGUCAACAGGAAGUAGAAUGGCUUAAUGAAUUUUUAAAAAACAUCGUUCCAAAAAAAAAUGAUAAACAAAAAGAAGAAAAGGCAGCGGCACAACGAAGGGAGGAAGCUCAGAAAAAACGAGAAGAGGAGAGGAAUCGUAAAUUGAAUAUUUUACGAGAACUAAGGCAAAAGGAGGAAACAGUAGCAUCUUUCAAAAGAAAGCGUAACGAAGAACAACAAUCCCUCAUCGAGUCAAAAAGAAAAGUCGAACGCUCAAAAUUGAUAACAUAUACGGAUAAAAAGACUCCCAUCUCCACAAAAUCAAGCAGCAUUCCCAGAAAGACAAUCAUCAAUGUGUCUUCGAGACAACCACAACAGCCACAACCACAACAACGGGAAUCAAAACGUUUACGUACUGCCGAGUUUGAUGACGAUACGGCUGCUAUAGUAUUAGACCAGAAUAAUCACAAACCUCUACACCAAGAAUUUUCCCUGGUAGAAAGGUUGCGACAAGAAGCACAAGUUUUACGACAAAAAGCUUUUGAAAAAGAGGAAGAAGCCAGGCAGCAAAGUCCCAAGAAUGAAAAUUCACAAAAAGUAUUUACGAAGAGGGUGACAUCAUUAUCGAAUGUUCUUGAAAACGAAAGCGACGAUUCAAGUAAAGGUGAAAAAAUCACUACUAGAUCUAAAAGUAAACAAGACUGGUGUAAUGGUCCGGAAAUCUCUGCCGCUCUAGCACGACAAGCUCAAAUCGAUCCGGAUACU